AUGUUUGGCGACUGUGCUUUCCACGACUUCGGGGCCUUUUGCGAGCGCGAGCGCCAAGACGCCGUCAACAAUACAAGAUACUACGACCUGCUGCGGGUUUCAAAGCAAGCGACCCAAGGCGAGCUGAAGAAAGCCUACCAGAGGCUCGCCCUGCGUCUACACCCCGACAAAGGUGGGGAUCCGAACGCCUUCAAGGAAAUCAAUGAAGCCUACGACGUUCUCAAGGACCCUGCCAAGAGGGAGUACUAUGAUACGCACGGCGAAGAUGCCCUGAAGGAAGGCAUGCCAGCCAGCCACGAAGGGACGGUGGAGGGCAUUUUCGAGGAGCUGCUUGGCAUGAGGAUGCCACGGGGCCAACGGCACGAACGAAAACCACAAGUUGGAGAAAAUGUCACCCACCGAAUUGAGGUGACGCUUGAAGAAAUGUUCAAUGGGGCAACAAGGCAAUUGCCCAUGCGACGCAGGAGAAAAUGCUCUGAUUGUUCUGGAAGUGGUUCCAGCCUUGGCGCAAAGUCUGCCUGCCAUGAAUGCAAUGGAUUGGGUGUGCAGUACAUCGUUCAGCAACUGGGUCCCUCCUUUGUCCAGCAGAUUUCAACAAGCUGCACACGUUGUGGUGGCAGUGGCAAGUUUGUGCAUCCAGCUUUCAUCUGCCUUCGGUGCGGGGGCUCUGGCACUGCAGAGGAGCACAAGACCCUUGACGUUGUAGUUGAGCAAGGCAUGCAGGAUGGACAGAAAAUCGCUCUGAGGGGAGAGGCUGGCUGCACCAAUCCUGAGCUUGAGCCAGGUGACCUCAUAAUUGUGCUGAAAGCCAAGAGGCAUCCGAUGUUCAAGCGCAAGAAUGCCGACCUGUUUGUCAAUCACACCAUCUCCCUUGCUGAGGCACUGUGUGGGAUGGAUGUGCGAAUACAGCACUUGGAUGGGCGAAUCGUUGGAAUUUCUUCCGCCCCUGGGGAGGUCAUCCGUCCAGGCCAAUGGAAGUGCAUUGAUGGUGAAGGAAUGCCUGUCCAUGGGAAUCCCUUGUUGAGAGGGAACUUGUACAUUCAGCUUGAGGUGGUGUUCCCUCAACAAAUUGACGCCGACCAGCAGACGAAAUUGGGUUUUCUGUUGAGGACGCACGAAAAACCGAGAGGUAUGAACGACAUAGAUUGCGAGCCUGUUGCAUGUCGGAAUGUGGAGGAUGUAGAAUCGGAGGUCAAGUCUCGUUCGAAUUUUGGGAAAAUCCAAAAUGCAGGAUUGGAGUCGGACGACGACGAGGAGGACAUGAGAUGGAGCCAUGGACCCAUUCAAUGCACCCACCAAUGA